AUGGACUGGCUUUCGAUUGCAGUUGAUGUGUUGGUCCUUGGGUUUGCGAAUCUGGUUGCUGAUGGUAUAUCAAUGGGGUUUGGAGAUUUUGUGUCAACCAGCACCGAGAAGGACGUGGCAGCCAAGGAGAGGAUGGUGACCCUGUGGGAAGUCACCAACCACUCUGAGCCCCAGCAACUGGAGUUAAUCCGGCGGUAUCAAGCUCUUGGAAUGGAUGUCCACGAUUCGACCACGGUGGUGAACAUAUUGGCCAAGUAUAAGGACAUAUUGGUGGAUGAGAAAAUGGCGACUCUGAAAGGAAUGCCACCGCUGGACCAGGAAGAUAAGCCGUGGAAGAAUGGCCUGGUCACCUUUGCGGCUUUUCUUGUGUUUGGAAGUGCACCUCUUCUCUCUUUCAUCAUUCUCAAACCAUUCACCCACAAUGACACGCACAAGUUCAUCGGCGCGUGCAUACUAUCUGCAUUGGCCCUUGCACUACUCGGGAUAGCGAAGGCCAAGAUUGCUCGUCAGAACUAUGUGUUAUCCGCUGUGGUCACCCUCACCAAUGGUGCUGUUGCUGCCUCCGCCGCCUAUAUCAUUGGGUGGACACUGAGGAAUGUAGCUGGCUUGCGAGACUGA